CGUGUUGACCAAAUUGCCGCCUACUUGCCCUUUUGCAGCCAAAAAUUAAUCCUUUUUUUUUUUUCUUGUGGGGCUUCUGAAUCAUCAGCAGCUCAAGGGGCAGUAGAUUCAAGAGGGAUAAAAAGAAGGUAGUAGCAAGAGAGAGCUCAUGUCUAAAACCUGCACAUUUAGUGCAGUGUCAGGAGAAAUCAGAAAGGUGGGUGAAUGACAAGCAAGAUCAGGAGACACCAAAGGGGCUCACAAGAAAUUUUUUUCCCACAUUUGUCCACACACACACACACACACACACACACCUAUAUAUAUAUAUGAGUUGAAUGGCUGUCCCAAUCUUCCUUUCUUUGAAAUCUUCUUCUCCUUCGGGUCUACUGCUCGCAGUGGUACUCGUAUUGGCGCUGGAAUCUCACGCGGUAUCGCUAGAUGCGCGAAGAUUUCUCCGCUCUUCCUCUUCUUCUUCAAUUAGGAUCCUGUUUGGCACAGUCUACUGCGAUAGUUGCCUGGAAGCGAGGCUCACGCGCAACAGCAUAGUCUUCUCAGAGGCCGAGAUCCAAAUCGAAUGCGUCGGCAGCCGCGGGAAUCCAGAUCACUCCACCGUCGUGAGCACCAACGAGACGGGGCAAUUCCAGGCCCAAAUCCCACCACAGUUCGACGCUUGCUCCGUCCAGUUCUUGAGCAAAGCUCUCGACUCUUGCGCCACUCCGGCGGCAGCAUUUGCUACGUCCGCCUCACUCGAUCAGCCGCGUGAUCUCGUGUUCCGGCCAAGCCAAGCGCUGGCCUUCUGUUCCACUCCCGCCAGGCGCGAGGCGCUAACGUUGGGGCCGCCAGAACCUCCGAAAAAGAGCACGCAGGGUUACAAGCUCGACCCCCCGGAACCCCCUCGGCCCCGGAAAUUCGUCGUCACUACAAAGGCGUACCACCUCGGCCCCCCGAAUCCUCCGCAACCGAGGACUGCCAACCACAACUAGCUUCUUUUCUCUCUUGUAUACACAUACUCAAAAGUGAAGUUUGAUGAGUUCUUCGCGGUGUCUUGGGAGUCCAUGGAUGGAAAUCCUGGGGAUUGACAUGAGUUUUUUUUUGGGCUGUAAACAAACACCGCUACGUGGUCCUCUCUUGUUCCUUGUCUACUUUCCGACUUUAAAGGAGUUUGGUCAAACAUGCAGCA